AUGACCGAGUCCCUAUCAAUGACAAACCUCUAUCGAUCUACUAAAUCGGUAUGGAAUCCCGCGCAUCUCCGACUGAGAAGGGAGGCUUCAAUCGCCCUGCGAUCAGUCGACGCUCGUGUGAUCAAUGUCGAGCGAGAAAGCGAGCGAAAGAUUGACGACAUCUCCCGCGACGUCAGCAGCAUUAAGACUCUGUUGGCGGGACUCGAGCUCAACAGAGCCACAUCAACUCAAACAUCACAGGAGCAACAUCGUUCACCUUUUGUAUCUCCAAGUCCAGCUGAAGCAAUCAAUUCGAAGAAGUCCCAAUCCGCUGAUAGAGCUGCUCUGCCUCCUCGCUGGGAUUACUCCGCCCACAUCAUAGACUUUGUUCAGUCCAUUAUUCGGGACAAUGGGUCUGUUCAAGGAGACACGGAGUGGAGCAGCACCGUUUCUUCGUUGAAGAGUCUUGCGGAUGCUUUAGAGAACCCAGAUAUAACACGAAGCCAACAGCCAAAACCUCAUGAGCCACCGGAAAGUAUCCCGACGCCCCCAUUGGAAGCCAUCGUGCAAAUUCUGCGCUGGGUCAAAGAACACUCAAGAGAUUAUAGAGUGGUCUGGAUAUGCCGCUUCCUUCCGCUUGCUGUCUUUCUUGACAUAUGCAACAAGGUCUACUUCCGCGGUGAGGACCAUACUGAGGCUGAGUUUAUCAUCGCAAAUAGUUUCUUAUCUUACGUAUUUGCUGAAUAUGCUGUCAUUCACGGAGAUGCGAAGUCACAAGAGUACUGUCGCUUUUAUCGAUCCAAGGUUGGCCAAGGUCUUACGAAAUUGACUCUGUUGGCGGCGCCAUGCAUGGAAUUGAUCGCCGCGCUGGCUCUUGGGGCAAUUUACUUGGUCGAGGAGAGUCGAGCAUCACAGUCGUGGACAUUGAUCUCGACCGCUAUGAUGCUGUGCCAGGCACUAGGCUAUCACCGACUCGACUCGCUUAAAGAUGGCCAUCACCAUAUGCAGUCCGACUUAUUCUGGGUCGUUUACGCAUAUGAAAAAGGCCUUUCAUUGAGGCUGGGACGAUACUCUGCUGUUCAUGACUCUGAAGUAUCGUCGCCACGCCAGGCAAAUCAGCAUCGAUCCAUUCGUCUCGGGCGGAUACAGGGAAAGGCAUAUAACCAACUAUAUAGCACUGAGGGCUUGAACACAUCGAGCGCUGCGCGUUGCGAGGUAGCUAAGGCUCUUGCACAGGAGCUUCAGUUGAUUAUAGAUGAGACUCAUCACGAGAUCGCACAAGCUUUGGCGGAGAGUGUAGAUAUGAAUAAUGACCCUAUGAAAGUCAUAUACCUCCAUUGUGAUCUCGUUUGCCAAUCAGCUUUGACGGCAAUGGUUCUCAGGGUGCUGCCUGGCUCCCAAGGUAUGGAGGUCCAUGAAAGCUGUCUGACUGUUGCUCGCAACACUUUAGACUUGCAUGACCAGUGCAUGAAACUAGUCAACGGAUGCAAAGAUCCUCUGUUGAUUCGAAGAUAUAUAAACUGCAUCGUCUUCACUCAUGCAGUGCGAUACUCUAUUACGGAGGACUUUGAGCGCCUAGACCGAUUCGCAUCAUCUUUCAAGUCGGAGUCUAGCCAUUCAGAACCAGCGACGCAUCCGCAUCGACUUUAUGAACUUCUCAGCAAAGCCGCGCGACUGAGUGCCAAAGCAUGCCCCGAGCUUUCACACGCGAGCGGAUCUCUUUCGAACUCAAGCGACUUCACAAUGAUUGACACCGAGGGAAUAAAUGCUGUGGACGACAUAGGCGCGACUGGGGCUGCAAUCGGGGCCGAAUACGAUGCGUCGUUCCAGAUUGGCGAUUGGUUUCACAGUAACCAGCAAUUUAUGAGGCUUCUGCACGAAGACGUACCAUACUGA